AUGAUGCGUAAUCGUGAUUAUCAUAAAAAACAAUCAAUUAAAUAUGGCUCUGAGUACCACUGGAGACUUUAUCAGGCCUCCAGGAACAGAGUCAAUAUUGAAAUUCGGAAAAGUAAAUCUCGCUAUUACUGCCAAAAAAUUGGCGAAUGUAAUAAGAACGAUCCAAAAACUACUUGGAAACUAAUUAAUUCUCUUAUUGGUCGUGCCAGCAAAACAAAACAUGUUAAUGAAAUUGAAAUUGACGAUAAAAUUAUUCGCAACGAUGAAAAUAUAUCUGAAGCUUUUAAUGAAUUCUUUAUUAAUAUUGGGCCUAAACUAGCCUUUGAAGUUUCAAAUCAGUCAACAAAUAAGGUUGAAACUUAUUUGGAAAACAACAAGUUAAUUAUUCCAUCCUUUCGUUUCAUGUUUAUUCCAGUGGACAAUGUUUUGAAAACUCUAAGACAUCUAAAUGUUUCGAAAGGCGCCGGUCUUGAUAAAAUUCCGGCUAAAAUGCUACGCAUUGCUGCAGAUAUAAUUGCACCCUCUUUAACUUAUAUUUUUAAUCUAUCACUUUCAACUGGAGUGUUUGUAGAAAAUUGGAAAUAUGCGAAAGUUAUACCGAUUUAUAAGGAAGGCAACAAACGAACUUUGGGAAAUUAUAGACCAAUAUCAAUUCUACCGAUAAUAAGUAAGGUUUUCGAAAAAGAAAUCUUUACACAACUUUACAAACAUUUAAACGAAAAUUGCCUUAUAUCCAAAUUCCAAUCCGGAUUUCGACCAGGGCACUCUACAAUUACAGCUCUUAUUCAAAUGUGUGAUAACUGGUACGAAAAUAUGGAUAAUGGCAAGUUAACAGAG